CUGAUGACGAAACUUACAUUGCCCCAUAUUUGUAUACUACCGGCAACCACGCUCGCAUCAUGACACAUGACGGAUUGUUAUCAGUUAGCAUGCUUUCAAUCCAUUCUUAUGAAAACAAUCACGUUUUCCUAGAUUACGUUGGCAGAAAGUUAACAAUAGCCGACAAAAUGAUCUUCCUCGAAAAAACAAACCAAAUUGACAGUAAAUGCUUUGCCAUCGUUCAUGACGGAAAAGAAAGCCGCUUCUGCACUGCACAGCUAAGCAAUGAUAACACGCUCAGCAACCUAACGCCUACCCUAGCCGGCGGCAACUCUAAUGACAUGACAAUAUCAGGCAAGCUCCAAACUAAACUCAAACUAAUCGAAGCCGCAGAGCGUGAAGGGAUUAUUGACCCAGACAGAGCUGAGCAUUUCCGCUCGAAACUGCCUUACAAACCCGAAUUUACUAAUCAGGAGAUCUUCGAACUAAAAAAACGUCACACGCCCAUUACCAAGGUUAUGCUCCAUGAACAUGCUCCGCUGAUAAACAACCCGUCAGCCGCAGCCACUCCCACCUCUGCUAAGCCAAUUAGCGUGGAAAGCCUCAAGGUUCCAAUUCAUCUCCCACCAGUCAAUGCGGAAUACUUAAACCAUUAUUACUUAGAUAGACUUAAAUUGGCGGAAGAGAGGGAAAAAUUCAUUCCUAAUAUUGGAUAUACUGAGCAGUUCGAUGACACCAAACCUUUCACUGCUGUGUUCCCACAUCACUCCAAUAAAGAUGAAGCCACCUUUUGGUGGUCUAUUAGAGAACGAUUGAAUUUUAUGAGCCCCACCCGUAACAAUUUACAUUUAAAAAAAACAAUCACCAAAAUCCUUGGAUCCCAAUUGUUUGAGUCUUUCUUAAGGGCUAUACCCCUCAGGAAAAAAAUUGAAUUUGACGAAGCUCUAUACAUUCAAAAAAUCGAGGAAAACGCCAACAAGCGCUUGCACAAAUCACUUGCCACAUUGCUGAACAUCACUGACCGAGCUGACACCCAUUGGCCGGACAACUUUGCCGACAUUUUUAUCAAAAGUCAGGUCCUAAAAAAACUGGAAAAAAUGUGGAGUAAUGCAAAGGCUGGACAAACUCUAGCCUCACUUCAUGAGUUUGCAAUCUACAUGAUUGGUCCGGUCGUUCGCAUGGUUAGCCACUACCUCCACACUGAACUUAAGGAAAUGGAGGGAAGACUUGAUGACAGCAAUCCUUUACCGGGUGAUCGUUACCUAUUCAUUUUGGGCACUAAUGAUCCUAAUAAAAUGGAAAAAUUCGUUCAGUCCCACUGGAAAGAUACGGAAUGCCUGGCUAACGACUACACCAAAUACGACCAAAGCCAGAACCAUGAGUUUUUGCAUUUUGAAGAUCUUUUGCACCACCAUCUUGGUGCAGAAACUUAUGAUUACAACACCAUUGGAAAUAUUGCUUACACCUUUCUUAAUUUCAUCAUUCCGACCAGCAUGCCUUCCAUGUUCUCUGGUGACGACA